AUAUGUAUAUGUAGUGUAUGUCAUUUAUUACAACAACAAACAUCACUUGAAUUGAAAAUCCUAUUCAUACUGCAAAAAAUGUCUCCAGGCAGCAGAUGAGAUGUUCUGUUACUGUCUCUCAUUUACAGGAGGAUGAGCCUCUCUCUCUGACAGCCCAACAGCAGCAGCAGCAGCAGCAGCAUCAGCAGCAGGAGUACGUCACCCCCUCUUGGUCCCUCUCCCCCUCCUCCUCCCCCAUCUCCCACUCCGACGCCAGUGACUCAGACGCCGGAGACGAAGACAACGCCAGCCCCCGCGGCCGGGCACUACGCCGGCGCAAGAAACGGCGCGGCACUCAUUCAAAGAAGAAGACACCCCACCGGACCCCGCCCGGGCGGCCGCCACCAGUGUGCCCCACCAGCAUUCCUCAUCACAACCGUCCACUCCCUUCAUCCCACCCUCCAGUGCAGUCCUCCCCUCCCUGCUCCUCCUCCUCUUCAGCUAAGCUUGUGUUCAAAGCUCCGUCUCCUCUGGCCUCCAACACCAAAGGCAACGUCAGCUUAAAUAUCCCCAGAGGAGGAGUGUCCAUAGACUCCAUGCGCCAAACCUGUGAGCACUGUGGACGCCACUUCCGCUCCUUGGGUCGCCACUUGGAUAAGCACCACGCCCACCAGCCAGAAGUGUGCUCGGCCCUGGUGGAGCGCUACACACAGAUGCCCCGUCUGCGCGCGCAGAACUCAAACCCUACCACGGCUCACGCACACACGCUGCAGCAUUCCAAGUCACCGCAAGCCGCGGCACAGAGCCACGGCUCAGAUCUCACACAGCCCGGCGUCCAGGACCUCUCCAUGCCUCCGCCCACUCUCACAGCAGCUAACCAAUCCCCUGCCUCCUCUGGAAGGAACUCCACCCCACCGGUGCUGACUCCUCCGCGAGGACAGAACGCAGUGCCGGUGUCUGUCCUGAAGCGGAGCCCGGCCCCCGUGGCCGUGACGCAGUCCAGGAAGGGAGCGAUGAGCAGGCUAAAGACAGAAAGACAGGAGGACGAGGACAACGAAGACGAUGUGGAGGUCGUGGAGGUAAAGAGGCCCAAAGAGGACGAGGAUGUUGAGGUGGUGUGCCCUCAACCCUUCAGCAACACGUUGGCCAAAGAGAUGGAGCCGCUAAAAAUGGAAGAAGAUGAGGAGGAAGAGGAAGAGGAGGAAGAGGAGGAGAAUGGAGUGAUGGAGUUGGAAGAUGAAAGUGGGACAGAGGAUAAGGAAAAGGACUUGCUGAGCGGUUCGGGGCGUCACCACAUGCUGCCCCUCCUCUCGUCCUUGUCCUCCCUGGUGCUGUACCUUCGUCGGCUGCAGCACUCGGCCUUCUUGUCCCUGUCUCGGCAGCUCCAGUCAGCCGAGGCCUGGCGCCUCCUCUGUCACUCCAGCCUGGCUCUCCUCAUCCUGUACAACCGGCGACGCGAGUGCGAGGUCUCCAAGCUGUCCAUCGCCGAAUAUCGCGCUCGCAUCACCCCCCAGUGCCCCGUCCCCGUCCCACCCGGUGCCCCCCCAGCUCUCACUCCGUUGGAGGCCUCCCUGUCCCCGUUCGAGCGCCUGGUGCUCCCCCACCUCCCCAGAGUCGGGGUCCAGGGCAAACGCGGACGAGUGCAGCCCCUCAUCCUGCCCCCUCACUGCGAGCCCUGCCUGGAGCUCCUCCUGGAGACGCGGCAGGACGUGGGAGUGGACCCGGCGAACCCGUACGUCUUCGCCAGGCCCUACCACUCCCCUGCCACGCCGCUGCGAGGCACCGACCUCCUCCGCAGCCUGGCCCGCUCAAGCGGCACCCGCAAUCCCCGCGCCCUGACCCAGACCAGGGUUCGCCGGCAGGUAGCCAUACUGACCCAGCUGCUGCUGCUGGGAGAAGGGGAGGAGCCCGGGCAGCCCGGGGGCAGCGCAGUGGAGAGGCUGGAGCACUUCCUGGAGAGGGAGUACCAUGUUACGCAGAACUGUGCCGGUAUUGGCCAAGACCCAGGCCUGAUGGGCAGAGUGGGCCGAGUGGUGCUCUGCGGAGAGAGAGAUGGAGUGCUGUUCAGAGGAAUGAGCCUGAACCACAUCUGUCUGGAACUGGAUGUUAUGUCGGGAAACUCUGCCGACUCCUACUCAGAGGGAGAGUCCGACGGGGAGCAGGUGAAGGAGAAGCCCGAGGUCCCCGCUCCGGCUCCGGCUCCGGCUCCGAACCCCACACCCACCCUGCUGUAUGUCAGGAAGGGCAAGAACAACGGGCGGGUGGGGCGACCCAAGAAGAUCAAGAACGCGCAGCAACCCCCUCUGCCCACCCCAACUCAACCCACUAACCGCAGGAGAGGCUCAGGUCAGCCCAAAUCAGGUUUGUUAAAGGUUGAAGUGUGAUUGCACAAUUUGACAAAACAGAGGAAGAUGAAUAGAUCCAAUUGUGCAGGUGAGAUUUUAAACAAAAAGUGCUUUGCCAGUGCUUGAAGUGGGCCAGUACCCAGAAGGUUGACAAGAGUACACAUGGCGUACGCUUGUCAACCUUCUCAGGUUCUCUUUGAGAUUCUUAGUGGUGAUUUAUAGCAGCAUUAUAAAAACAAUGUGGAGAGCAUCUGUGCGAGUCCACGCCCAACACGGGGCAUGAAAGAGAGAGAGUGACGAAGUUUAUCUUUUCGUACAAUAAUCAGUGAAUGUAUACACGUUGUUUAAAAGUUAUCUGAAUCUUUCCUUCCGGUUUACAGAUUAUGAUUUCACAGAAGAAUGAAAUGUUCAGACGAAGGCUGUGAUGUGUGUGAAUCAUAGGUUUUGUCUUUAAGCAUUUUGGGGAUUAUCUAUAGUAACAGUAAUCGUCAGAAAUGAUGUACGAUUGCAUAGCUUUAAUUCAAAAAACCUGCACAUUACAAAUAACAUAGGAUAGAAUAUUAAUGGAGUAUUAUAGUAUAAUAAUAUAACAAUAAAAUGUAACACAACUGACAAACAAACAAAAAACUAAAUAACUGGAAAAAAGU